AUUCGUAAGCAGUUCUGAAGUGCUGCGACAAAGACGUCUAAUGUCUAGAGCUCUUUGUCUCUUGUUCUGUUUCGUUAGCUGCGUUUUUAUUAUUGGGACCGACGCCCAAGACAUGGACGGCAGCUCUGCAAACGCAGUAAGACCACCAGAAGCUCCUGAUUGGUCGAAUGUCGACUGUGCUUCUCUAAACAAGUAUGGCUCAAAUAUGUCGUGUACAUUUGUCAGGAAUGCUGCUAAUUGUCAACUCGAUGAUGGCUUCAUUGAUUACUUUGAAAUUAUAUAUUGCGAUGUUCCUCAUAAACUUGUUCCGCUCAUUGUCACAGUGAUGUUUAUUUGGCUUGCUUUUCUACUUAUUGCAUUAGGAACAACUGCAGAAGAAUUUUUCUGUCCCUCUCUAACAGUCAUUUCCCAGACAUUAAAAAUGAAUCAGAACAUGGCGGGUGUGACAUUUUUGGCUAUUGGCAAUGGAGCUCCUGACAUUUUUAGUUCAUUUGCUGCUAUAAAAAAUUCAAAGCAAAACGAUAUCAGUCUGGCUAUUGGAGCAUUGUUUGGUGCUGGCAUUUUUGUGUCUGGUGUUGUGGUGGGUGCCAUAUGUAUUAAGACAACAUUUACAUUGACUUCUCGACCAUUUUUAAGAGAUGUUAUUUUUUAUUUGUCUGCUACCAUGUGGGUGUUUACAAUUCUGUGGCGAGGCAAACUAUUUUUAGCAGAGGCACUUGGUAUUAUUGGCUUGUACGUUAUAUAUGUGAUUGUAGUAGUUCUUGGUCGCUACAUCUAUCAGAGAGGGAAAAAGCGUCAAGGUGGUGAUAUUCCUUCCAUGUCACAAAGUCCCAAGCUUACUGGGAAGGAACUUGUUGAUGGUCAGCGCAAGAGGUCACAACCUGAUGUUUAUAUUCGUCAGGCAAUAACAGCUUCAUGCGGCUCAGAGUCAGGAGUUGGAAUGAUGCAGGAAAAUGGAAGUCCAGACAAUUUACAAGAAGAGAGGGACAUACAGUCACCAGAGUCAUUUGAAGAACAUGUGGAUCCAGUGGAUCCAGGAACUGUAAGCACAAGAUCGUCAAAGGAACUUGAUACAAUAUCUGUUGCUUCCGACAUUGCGACUGAUCUUGUUGAUGCCAGUGGCCAUUUCUCAUCAUACAGUACUGGCUGCAACUCCCCUUUAAGAACAAGACGAAGAUCAAGAAGUUUGCCUCCUAUACGGAGUCCAUCUGAACAUGAAGUGACUGUGACAGAGAGGCUACAUCAACAGCGCAGGAAGCUGAGGAUCAAACGAAUGUCGUUUGGAAUAGCAAAUGCUUUAGACAUGGGUGAGACAAUUGGAGUUGCAUUGCUUGGCAAUUAUAGAAUAGCUCAUCCUCACACAUCUCAAGCAGCACGUAGAUGGGAUCGAGAGAGGGAUGAAGGCAUCGAGGAUGCUGAGCCUCUUCUUUCUGAAAGUAUUUCUUUCAAAGUGGACCCUCUAGAUCAUCCAUUUGUCUAUGCACUAAAAGGACUCAUUCCUAUCAAAUGUGAGGAUUGGAAGGGAGAAGGAAUUAUUUGGAAAAUUCUUGACAUUUUAAAAAUUCCUGUAUUGUUUUUGCUGUUGCUGACGACACCUGUUGUUGACUACGAAGAGGAUUACAACAAAUGGAACAAAUGGUUAAACAUCUGGCACAUUAUGAUUGCCCCUGUUUUCUUUGUCGUCGCAACAAACAUCUACCACAUUGAGCUGAAUGGUGUCUUUCCUGUUUGGGCUUUGGCAUUGGUUAUAGCUGUUGUUGCUGCUGUUGUGGUUGCAUUCACUUCUAAGCCCUACAAGCCUCCUGUCUAUCAUGCACUGUUUGCAUAUGUGGGUUUUAUUGUAUCAAUCAUAUGGAUCUAUGCGGUCGCUAAUGAGAUAGUAAACGUAUUGCAGACUUCUGGUGCUGUGUUUAACAUUAGCAGCGGUAUUUUGGGGUUGACAGUUCUAGCUUGGGCUAACAGUAUUGGAGAUUUUGUAUCUGAUUUUACCAUGGCAAAACAAGGUUUUCCACGGAUGGGCGUGUCUGCAUGUUUUGGUGGUCCUUUACUGAAUCUCCUUCUUGGAUUUGGCAUUGGAACUGCAUACCGCUGCAUUACUAAUGCAUCAGAUUAUACAAUGAAGCUGAACUCUCUGACAUCGGUUGAAUUUAUUUGUGCAAUAUUUCUUAUGGCAAACCUGGUAUUCUCAUUGGUGCUGGUUACCAUUGUAUUCAAAUUUCGAGUUGGCCGUUUUUAUGGCAUCAGUCUACUAUGUAUUUAUGUUACAUUUGUUGUCGUAGCAGUCUUUGGAGAAAUUGGUUUGAUUUCAUCUCCCGUAUAAAAUUAAUAUGUAGACAUAGAACUAGAUACAACAGGAGUAGCUAAGUGCUAUACCUAUACAGCAUGAUUGCUACUUAUAUUGUCUAUUCAACGGAGACUGUAACAUUUUAUAUUUUUAUAUAUAUAUGUUGCAAACUUGAUGUUGUAUGAUUUUUUAAAUCAUAAAUUUGAUAAGUCAAUUA